CCCGAAGCCCCGCCCCCUGAGCCUUGGUAACGGCGGAAGGGCCCGGAGUGCGGUGAGCGGCUGGACGACGAACCAGUAGGUUGACAUGGACACCAGCUGGGAGAGCCUCUUGCAGGACGAGCAUCAGCUGGAGGUGCUUGCUCGGCAGGCCGUGGACCGGGCCUUGGCUGAGGGAGUGCUGCUGAGGACCGCGCAGGAACCCAGCUCCUCUGAAGUGGUGAGCUAUGCUCCUUUUACGCUCCUUCCCUCACGGGUGCCCCGGGCCCUGCUGGAGCAAGCCUAUGCUGUGCAGAUGGACUUCAAUGUGCUAGUGGAUGCUGUCAGCCAGAAUGCUGCCUUCCUGGAGCAAACUCUCUCCAGCACUAUCAAAAGGGAUGAAUUUACGGCUCGUCUCUUUGACAUCUACAAGCAAGUCCUCAAAGAGGGCAUUGCUCAGACUGUGUUCCUGGGUCUGAACCGUUCAGACUACAUGUUCCAGCGAAGAUUGGAUGGCUCCUCAGCCCUGAAACAGAUUGAAAUCAACACUAUCUCUGCCAGUUUUGGGGGCUUGGCUUCCCGGACUCCGGCUGUGCAUCGACAUGUUCUCAGUGUUCUAAGUAAGACUGAAGAAGCUGCCAAGAUCCUCUCCAAUAAUCCCAGCAAGGGACUCGCCUUGGGAAUCGCCAAAGCCUGGGAGCUCUAUGGUUCAGCCAAUGCUGUAGUGCUCCUGAUUGCUCAAGAGAAGGAAAGGAACAUAUUUGACCAACGUGCCAUAGAAAAUGAGCUACUGGCCAGGAACAUCCAUGUAAUUCGGCGAAGAUUUGAAGAUGUCUCUGAGAAGGGGUCUCUGGACCAAGACCGGAGGCUGUUUAUGGAUGGCCAGGAAGUUGCUGUGGUUUACUUCAGGGACGGCUACAUGCCCAGGCAGUACAGUCUACAGAACUGGGAAGCACGCCUACUGCUGGAGAGGUCAUGUGCUGUCAAGUGCCCAGACAUUGCCACCCAGCUGGCUGGGACUAAGAAGGUGCAGCAGGAGCUGAGCAGGGUGGGCGUGCUGGAGGUGCUGCUCCCUGGCCAGCCUGAGGCUGUGGCCAGGCUCCGUGCCACUUUUGCCGGCCUCUACUCACUGGACAUGGGUGAAGAAGGGGACCAGGCCAUCGCUGAGGCCCUUGCUGCCCCAAGCCAGUUUGUACUAAAGCCCCAGAGAGAGGGUGGAGGUAACAACCUGUAUGGAGAGGAAAUGGUACAAGCCCUGGUGCGGCUGAAGGACAUUGAGGAGAGGGCCUCCUACAUCCUCAUGGAGAAGAUUGAACCUGAGCCUUUUGGGAAUUGUCUGCUACGGCCUGGCAGCCCUGCCAGAGUGGUCCAGUGCAUCUCAGAGCUGGGUAUCUUUGGAGUCUAUGUCAGGCUGUCUACCCUCAAGGCCUCAGCCAGCCUCUGCCUGGCUUCCUUUGCUUUCCGAGUGUGUCUCUGGAUGUCUGCAGAAGUGACCCGCUGGCUGGAAGAGGGAGGUAAAAGAUGAAAAUCUUCCAGGACUAUCUCUUUCAAAAAAUGGAGACAGGCUGGAGUGGGCUGCAAACUCUCAACAGCAAACUGGCCCAGGGAUCAGCUUUGACUUCUGAAGUUAUUAUUUUAAAGGUGCUUGAGAAAUACAAUUCGUUUAAAGGUUCUUCCUUGGUGUCUUGGCACUUAAGUGACUGCAGCCUCCAGCUUGCACAGAGCUGCUGGGGCUUCUCCAGCUUGUCCUUGUGUGGAUCAUGCCUGACCUCACUGCCAGAGUGGGCGGUGAUGAGAGUCACCACCCUUGGGAAGAUGCAGCUGGUCAGUCACACGAGGAAGACUGAGCCUGCAGCAGCUUUGCGCUUUGCCUUGAGGGCCCAGACAUGUGGUUUCCUCUGUAAAUUUGGGGUUAUCGUGCUUCUUUUGACUUUUCCCACGAAAGACUGACUUGGAGCUGGGUAUGUUGCUGGCUCCCUCAUGGUCACUGCUGCUGUCUUGCUGGCUCCCCUUCUGAGAUGCAGACAGGAUGAAGCUUGCUAUAAAAUGCCUGUUUGGUUCUUUUGGUAACUGUUUUCACUCCAAGAAACAAAAAUCCAAAUGCUGGAAGCUUGAGGCAGACUUAUGAGUUUACUUUGUCAAAGGAAGUAAUAACAACUAGCAUUUAUUUAGUACUUACUAUGUGGCAAGCACCUUAUAUAUAUUGACAAAACUCUAUAAGAUAGCUAUAGAUGGGAAAACUGGAGCAAGAGAGCUUAAGUCACUUGCCCAACUUUACACAGUAGCAGAUGGCAGAGCCAGAAUUUGAACCUACGUAGUCUUGCUCCAGAGCCUACACUCUAAAACCAUGAAGUUUGAAUAGUUCUUUGAAAAGAAGGGCUUAGGUCCUUGUCUGAGCUGUAAAAGGAAAGUAGGGUUCCCUAGGAAUCAGAUCUGUUUCCACCAUGCUAGUAAGAAUAGAGAAAGGUGCACCAUUAGCAUAAAAGGUACCAUUUGGGCAAGGUAGCCUGUUAAGAUGGUAAAAAGCAUAGGAGCAGUGAACUUUUAUGUUUUGCUUUCUUUUAAGUAUGCAUUAUCAUCUAUUACUGAUAAGGAAAGUGAGGCCUAGAAAAAAGAGACUUAUGCAAGGUCAUACAGCUAAAAAUUGGUCUCUGGGACCCAGGCCCCCUGUCUCUUCCACACUAAGCUCUUUUGAGCAUUUACUUAUGGAUCUCUCUGCUUAAAACCACCUGUAGUAUAGCCUUGAUUCAAUUUUAAUAUUUAAUCACAUCAGAGAGUUAUAUGCAAUUUGUAAAUCCCAAAGAAGUAUAUAAAUGUAUUUUAGAAUGUUUUUCUUGAGCCAUG